CACCAUGGACAUCCAGGAGGCGGACCUCAGAGAGAUGGCCUCUAUGAUCCAAUCAAAAGUUGUUCUGGAGGUGUCUUCUCAAAUCCAGUCACUGCUGGAUUCUCUAGAAACCACCACCCUGGACAUCGCAGUGACGGGCGAAGGUGGGGCUGGCAAGUCCACCUUCAUCAACGCCAUGUUGGGCAUCAGCAAUGAUGACUUCUGUGCAGCCAAAAGUGGUGUGGUUGAGACCACUGCUUCACCCACUCCUUAUCAUCACCCUCAUCUGCCCCGUGUUCAGCUUUGGGACUUGCCAGGCAUUGGUACCCCUUCCUUCCGAGCCGAAAAUUAUCUGCAGCAGGUGAGGUUUGAGAGAUACGAUUUCUUUAUCAUCCUAGCAUCCGAGCGUUUCCGAGAGAACCAUGCUGAGCUGGCUCGGGCCGUGGCGAGCAUGGGCAAGCGUUUCUACUUUGUCCGUUCCAAGAUAGACCAGGACCUGCGGGCUUCCCAACAAAGAAGACCAAGCUUUUUCCAGGAAGUUCAAGUGCUGCAGCAAAUGGAGGCAGACUGUGCCCGCCAGCUGAAGAAGGAGGGCCUGGAGAACCCCAAGGUCUUCUUGAUCUCCAGCUUCCAUUUGCACAGGUUUGAUUUCCACCGCUUGCAGGAUACUCUGGCUGAAGAGCUGGAGGGUCACAAGAGGCACACCCUGCUGCUUUCCUUUCCGUCCGUCACCGCUGCAGCUGUGCAGAGGAAGAAGAGUUCGCUGCGCCCGCACAUCUGGAAGAAGGCGCUGCUGGCCUGCGUUAUUUCAGCCCUGCCUGGCCAUCCCUUCCACCUCAACGUCCCCAUGCUCAUGAAGACCCUCAAGACAUACCAGCAGCAUUUUGGCUUGGAUGGUGCUUCUUUGGAGACCUUGGCCACCGCCGUCUCAAAACCCUGUUGUGAAUUGAGAAAUCAAGUGCGUUCGACAUUCGCCAGAGACUUUUCCGAGCAUGCCGUCCAGGCAGUUUUGAGCCAAGCUGCAGCCUGCGGGCAGGUGACGGCCAGAAUGGUGAAGAGCCAAGUGCCCGUUUUCAACAACUUGGUAGCAGGGGCCCUCUCGUUUGUGGCUGCCUAUUAUUUGUUACACACCGCUCUGGAUAGCCUUGCAGAAGACGCGCAGAGCGUCUUGGAAAGAGCGUAUGGCUUGGAGACAGAGGUCCAGGGAUCCUUUUGUUAUCCUUCACUGGGCUUCACCUGCGAAUGAAGAUGAUCGAGAACACCACCCAAAAUUGCUUGGAGAUGGACACGUGUGUGUUUUCUCUCUUGCUGCUUCUUGUU